CUUCGCGGCAACGCUGCGGAGUGACGUCACACGCUUCAACGUAACCCCUCUCAUCAAGGCUGCAGCGACAACAACAAGGAAGUGAUUGAGCGAGAACAGUCACCGCCGCCAAAGCCAGCAGUCACCGGAACCUUCCGUAGUCGAGUGAACCGUCCUUUCUCUUCGCUCCUUUUCGACGCCGCCAUUAUGAACAGCAAAGGUCAAUAUCCUACACAGCCGUCUUACCCAGUUCAGCCUCCUGGUAAUCCAUCGGUGUUUCCGCAGACCAUACAGCUUCCUCAGGCUCCACCUUACACUGAGGCCCCUCCUGCUUACUCAGAGCUCUACCGCCCAAGCUUUGUGCAUCCUGGAGCCGCCACUGUACCCACCAUGUCUGCUGCUUAUCCUGGUGCUUCACUUUACCUUCCCAUGGCUCAAUCUGUUGCUAUGGGUCCAAUGGGUUCUUCAGUUCCAGUGGCUUUUUACCCCGUAGGCCCUGUCUAUCCUCCUGGAUCCACUGUUCUUGUUGAAGGUGGCUAUGAUGCUGGAGCAAGGUUUGCAGCUGGUGCCCCUGCUAAUAUUCCUCCCCCUCCUCCUGGCUGUCCUCCCAACGCGGCCCAGCUGGCUGUCAUGCAGGGUGCCAACGUGUUAGUGACGCAACGGAAGGGCAACUUCUUCAUGGGGGGCUCCGACGGCGGCUACACCAUCUGGUGAAGGAAGGGGGGGGCUACAUUGGUGUAAAGGAACGACAUCACAUACUGUCAGCACUUCUCACAAUGUAACCGCUUUAGUCGUAUUAACCUGGAGUUGCAGUUUAGACACAUGACGAUGCGGGGUGUCUUCCUGGUGCCCUGACCCUUCAGGCACUUUUUCUUUUAAAAAUUAAACAAAACAAAAGAAGCAAACUUUAAAUACAAAACCAUGCAAUGGUAGGAGUGCCUGUCUUAAACCUUGGGGGUUAAGUUGUGACAUGAAUGCGAGCUAAGCUGACCCACGAAUUUCUCCUUUAAUUCCACUGGAGAGUGCUUUCACCACAGCAUUCUCUCUUUCUCUGUCUUUGGCUUUUAUUAAUCAACUAUAUAUAAAACCAGGUGUUUGGGGUUGGGGGAGGGCAGAAGGGCAAGGGUGGGGGGCAGAAAUGGAAGUUUGGAAGAAAGCUUGGCUUCCAAGAAUCAAACAUAUAAAGCUUGCAGAUAUAACUGUUGCCAACAAAUAGGACUAAGAGAAUGCAUCUUCUUUCCUCUUCCAUAGAAUCAAUGGUGCUGGGGAGAAAGGUAGUCAGACAUAAUUUUGUUUCUUUGGGGGUGGGGUGGGGGCAUCCAUGGUGGAUGCCUAUUAGAGGAGAAGGCUGGGGGGCUCUGUUCUUGAUUUCAGAACCCCUCAACCAGUUCCUUCUACUCACCUUUGCUCUCUAUUCCUUUGCUAGGAAGGUAUGCAGCUAGAGUGUUGUUCCAGGAUGUUCUUUUUAUACACUCUUAAGUGAACUUUGACUCCUUUGCACAUUAAGAAUCUAACUGAAGCCAUGUUUUGGUGCCAGAAACACAACAUUUCAUUAAAUGCUUCCUGUACGUUUCAGAAAAAAAAAAAAAAAAGCUUAAAGUGAAACCAUUUUUUUAAGAGAAAAAAAAAAGCAACCCGGUGUCUUGAUAACAAAACUCUGUGUGGAAUGUUAUUCAGGCUAGAGAGACAGGAACAUCUGGUGGAUAUCAAUCAGUGUGCAAGUUUGCUGAAUUUGAUGGUUCUUUUUGUUUUAUGGGUGUUUUUUUGUUUUUGUUAAAGAAACAACUUUUAAAAAGCGGCUUGGGUACAAUGAAGUCUUAUUAGGAUUAAGAAGAAUAUUUCAGGGAUCCUCAAUCUUUUUUGUUGUUGUUGCUUUUGUUUUUAUGAAUUAAAAAAAAACAGAUUUGGUGAAUAUAUAUUAUCUUAAUUUUCUGUGUGUUGUAUGUGUCAUUGUCAACCAUACAGCUGACUGUUAAUGAAAGGUUGGGAUUCUAGGUCUCUCUGUAAACACUGUGGUGCACUUAACUUGUGGACUUUUUAUACUAAAAACAAGUAGAAUAAAGGCUAUUUUGAAAAUUUGAAUAAAGUGACAAACUUGA